AUGGCUAGGAAGAGGAAUUCCAUUACCCUGCGACGGCGACUGAGGAUCGCGGUCCGCCUGCUCCUGCUCCUCGUGUUCGCCGUCUUGUGCUACCUCCAGUUCCGGACCCUCAGCCGCUUCUCCCCCACCGUCCCGCCGUGCGACGACAGCAGCCGGCGCGCCCCCGUGGACGACCUCGUCGGCCGCCUCCGCGCGUCGGUCACCUUCCUCCCGCUCCGGGACACGCGGAAGCGCGCGGGGGAAUGGUUCAUCAGCGCCCUCAACGACAGCUCGGAGCCCGAGGGCGAGGCCAAGAACCUGGUCCUCCCGUCCGCGGCGUCCUCCGGCCGCGUCCUCUGCAUGCACGCGCCUCCUCGGUCCGACGCCGCCUACGCGCUCGCGUGGCGCGACGCGCUGCCCCGCGGCGCGGCGCUCCGGCCCGGGCUGACCUUCGUCUCCGAGAUGUCCUACGACUACCGGAACCUCUGGCACGGGCUCUCGGCGCUCGUCCCGUUCGCGUCGUGGCACGCGAGGAGCGGGUGCCGCGCCGUGCCGGCGCGGUGGGCGCUGUUCCUCCACGGCGCGGCGGUGAGGACGGGCACCAGCGGGUGGCUGGCGUCGCUGGCCGAGGCGGCGACGGGUGCGGAGAUGUCCGUGGAGACGUUCCCCGACGCGGCCGACGGGCCGGCGUGCUUCGAGGAGGCGGUCGUGUUCCGGAGGCAGAUGGAGGGCCUGAGCAGGGCGCGGCUGCUCGGGGCGUUCGACUUCCUGCGGUGCAAGGCCCGGGCACGCUGCGGCGUCGCGGGCGCCGCUUCGGGAGCCGGCCCACCGGCGCUGCGCGUCACGCUCCUGUUCCGCACCGGCGCGCGGGCGUUCAGGGACGAGGCGGCCGUGGAGCGCGUGUUCGAGGCGGAGUGCGCGCGCGUGGCCGGGUGCGCGGUCACCGCCGCGCGCUCGGAAAACCUGACGUUCUGCGACCAGGUGCGGCUACUGAGCGCCACGGACGUGCUUGUCACGCCGCACGGGGCGCAGCUGACGAACCUGCUGUUCAUGGACCGGAACAGCAGCGUCAUGGAGUUCUACCCGCUGGGGUGGAGGCAGAGGGCCGGCGGCGGGCAAUUCGUGUACCGGUGGAUGGCGGACCGGGCCGGGAUGCGGCACGAGGGAUCGUGGUGGGAUCCCCACGGCGAGCCGUGCCCCGGCUCGCCGGACAUCCUCAGCUGCUACAAGAACCGGCAGAUCGGGCACGACGAGGCCUACUUCGCGCGGUGGGCGGCCAGAGUCUUCGCCGCGGCCAAGGAGCGCAAGACGCGACGCGGCGGCGGGGCGUUGGAAAAGGAGCGGCAACCGGAGGUGGCGGACUGCGGCUGCAGCUAG